CACUACCCCCAAAGAACACUUCGUCACUUGCUAACAAAAGAAGACGCAAGCAACAGAGAGACACUCUGCUGUCACUGAAACACACGGCCCGUGCCAUGAGGCCAGGAGCCGAGUACCCCAUGGCCCACGUCCCUGCCGCGGCCUCCUCGGCGGCGGCGCCCCGCUCGCCGUGGCAUUCGCCGGUUCCGUACCUCUUCGGCGGGCUCGCGGCUAUGCUGGGCCUCAUCGCGCUCUCGCUCGUCGCCCUGGCCUGCUCCUACUGGAAUCUCUCCGGCGGCGGCCUCGCCGGCCAGGGCGAUGAUGACCAAACCGAUGGCCAGAAGCGCUCGGUCGCCAGGCUGGCAGGGGAGUGGCAGGGGCACGUGGUAGUCAUCAUGGCCGGCGACGAGCAUCCGACUUUCCUGGCCACGCCGGUGACGACGACGGGCCGUGACGCGGAAGGCGGCGCCGAGCAGGCAGCCGACGCGACGGCAUGCUGCGCCGCGUGCAGGUCGGAGGAGAGGAAGCUGGCCGGUGCGCGCGUGGCGGCCACGCGGCCAGCCGGCUACGAAGACGACGCGCAUAGCCGAAGUGAGCAAGCUAGUAGUAGUACUAGUUCGGUAAUUAGCUAGCGGGAUAGUAAGUACGAUUAACAUUGAAAGGUUUUCUCUGUGAUUUUCUGUUAGUUUUUC